CUGGCUGCCCAUAGUUCUCUGUCUUCACCAGCUAGGACAGACUGUCGUGUACACUUCUGUCCACUUCCUGUCUGGAAAGAAUGGAUCCCCAAAGCAUGAGGGAAGAUCUCCGUCUGUUUCAGAGCACUCUGCUGCAGGAUGGACUCAAAGAGCUUCUGAAUGAGAAUAAAUUGAUCGAUUGUAUCCUAAAGGUUGGGGACAGAAGCAUCCCCUGCCAUCAGCUCAUUCUGUCAGCUUGUAGUCCUUAUUUCCGGGAGCUGUACUUCUCAGAAGAUGACAAGGAAACUGAUAAAAUGGAGGUUGUUUUGGAGAACCUGGAUCCAGAUGUCAUGGAGGCAAUUGUAAAUUAUAUGUACUCCGCAGACAUUGACAUCAAUGACGACAAUGUGCAAGGUAUUUUGGCUGCUGCAAACCGCUUCCAGAUCCCCUCGGUGUUCACGGUUUGUGUGAAUUAUCUCCAGAAGCAGCUUUCAGAGAAAAACUGCCUUGGCAUCUACCGACUGGCACUGAUGCUGAACAGCGCCAGACUGGCACUGGCAGCCAGAAAUCACAUUGCAGACCGGUUUGAGACGAUAGCCAAAGACGCAGAUUUCCUUGAACUCUCUCCACCUGAACUCUUUGCCAUUAUUGGAGCAGAUGCAUUGAAUGUAGAAAAAGAGGAAGUAGUGUUUGAGACCCUCAUGAGGUGGAUCAGGAAAGACAAAGAGAAUCGUGUGAAAUCCUUAGAGGAGGCCUUUGACUGCAUCCGUUUCCGUUUACUCCCAGAGAAAUACUUCAAGGAUAAAGUGGAGAAGGAUGAUGUACUUAAGGCUGAUCCUGAGGUUGUUAAAAAGAUCAAAGUUAUAAAGGACGCCUUUGCGGGGAAGCUGCCAGAGAAGAAGAAAAGUGAAGACGAUGAGGAAGGAGAGGAGGGAAAGUUGCCCGGUUACCUGAACGAUGAACGCAGAAUUGGCAUGUAUUCCAAAGACAUGGUUCUGAUGAUCAAUGACACUGCUGCCGUGGCCUAUGACCCCCAGGACAAUGAAUGUUCGCUCGCUGUAAUGUCUGAGCAGAUCCCCCGAAACCACGUCAGUCUUGUGUCAAAGAAGAACAAUCUGUACGUGUUGGGAGGACUCUUUGUAGACGAAGAGGACAAAGAAAAGCCAUUGCAGUGCUACUUCUACAAGUUCGACAGUCUCGCCGCUGAAUGGAUGGCUCUUCCACCCAUGCCCUCCCCAAGGUGUCUGUUUGCUCUGGGCGAGUGUGAAAAUGUCCUCUUUGCUGUCGCAGGGAAAGAUUUAGAAUCCAACGAGUCUCAUGACACUGUUAUGUGCUAUGACACUGAAAAAAUGAAGUGGAGUGAAACUAAAAAGUUGCCCUUGAAUAUCCACGGCCACUGUGUGGUCUCUGAGAAUGGGCUGGUGUACUGUAUCGGAGGAAAAACAGACGAAAACAAAGCGACAAAUAAAAUGUAUGCAUACAACCACAAGAAGUCGGAGUGGAAGGAGGUGGCUGCCAUGAAGACACCCAGAGCCAUGUUUGGGGCAGUGAUCCACAAAGGGCAGAUCAUUGUUGCUGGAGGAGUCAAUGAGGAAGGCCUCAUAGCAGCAUGUGAAGCUUAUGACUUUGGAACCAACAAGUGGUCCCCCUUCACCGAGCUGCCCCAGGAGAGGAGUUCAGUCAACCUGCUGAGCUGUGGGGGGCAGCUGUACACUGUAGGAGGGUUCGCCAUUGUGGAGAAUGACAACAAAGAGUGUGCACCCAGUGAAGUCAUCGACAUUUGGCUGUAUGAAGAGGACAAGAAACAGUGGACCGGUAUGAUCAGAGAGAUGCGUUAUGCAGCUGGAGCCUCCUGUGUGUCCAUGCGUCUGAAUGCAGCUAGAAUGCCCAAACUGUAAAAGGCACUGCAGCCGACAAAAUAUUAUGUACAUGCUUUUAUUUAGCGGCUCAUUCUCAUUUCAAUAUUUAAACACAACACAUCUCAUUUGCCUGAUCUGAGGGAGCUGUAUCAUGGUUGUAAUUGCCUUAUUUGUUAAAGUUUGGACCAGGUUUUGUGGAGUCCGAUCUUCUAAAACACAAUGGAAUAGUUAUUGCUGUAAAGUGGUAAAGGAUUGCAUCGGAAAUUAAAUUCAAGUUUUCUUCUGUUAAUCUGGAAAUGCUUCUAUUACAGUACAUCAACAUGGACCGUGUAAAUGUUCGGUAUUAAAGUAUCUUCCACAGGC